CUGCUCAAAAUCUGCCGCUCGGCGCUCGAGCCGCUGUGGCCCCAGUCCCAGCAGCCCAGCGCUCGCUGGGCAGCACAUCCGGGCAGCCGUGCGACGAGGGGAUGGGCCUGUUAAGUAAAAUCAAGGCCCUGGGCAGCCUUACCACCAAAAGGAAGUACUCAAAACAAGAGCUCGCAUUCAUCGAGGAAGCGCGAAGAGCACUUAUCGAUUGGGGCGUCGCCUGCGAGACGGCGGGACCGGCAGAAGUAGAAGCUCUAUAUCUCCUGGAGCAGCGCAAAGUGCGUAUUUAUGUGGCCGGCACCGACGCCGCCGACACGGCCCUCUUGUUGAGACAAAUUUCCGAGGCCAUCGGCGCAUCGACGAAGCCGGACACUUUGUUGUUGGAGGCGGCCGCACGGGUCGCGACGGGCGUAGUGUUACUGGAAGCGGCCGACGUCAAGUUCGUACGAUUACCGGACGACCCGGACCGCUGGCGCGACGGCGCCGCGGCGAUCCUCUUCGUCACGAGCUUCUCAAGUGUUGAUGGGCUCGACGACGCACUGUCGCGGUACGGCUCCAUCGCCCGGUCGUUCGAAGGCGUUGCCUUGCAUUUGGUGGCAAACACGUGCGACUUCGAGGUCUAUGGUCUGGAGCUGAGCAUAAAUCAAAUUUUCACGGCGGCUUUACUCACUGGUUGAUCUGUGCACAGGUCUGAAGGAUUCUAGGCGGGAAAACAACAACUACGAGGCCGCGAAGCAGUCCACCCUGGAUAGCUACCGGCGCCUGUCGGACGCGCAGGGCCGCGUCUUUUACAACCACGCCCUCGACUUUGAAGAGAUGGGCACCGUGGGGACCUUCGUGGAUCAGUUCCUCGAGGUGACGUUGCGCCAGCUCCUGCCGGACGAUGAGGACGAGGCCGACGACGAUAAACCGAUCCUCGAGGAGCCGCCCGAGCCGCGCCUGUCGCACGCCGAGCAGGUCAAGCUGGCCAUCGAGAACCUCCCGCCGCCGCCGCCGCCCUCGGAAUACCCGCUGCGCGUCAUCGUCGAGCAGGAGGAGGGCGCCGAGAACGAGAUCACGGGCAAGGUCGAGGACGCGCCCGAGGAAGAGCCGGCGCCCGAACCCCCGUCGGGUGUCGAGGCCACAGACCGUUUCCGGGCCAAGUUCGAGGAGUCCCUCUUCCAGCAGCUCGUCACGAAGGGACUGGACGAGGAAACGGCGCGGGCGCGCGCCAAGGAGAAGGCCGCGGCCCUGCCGGCGCGCGUCGCGAAGCCGCCGCCCGUCGCGCCGGAGAAGGGCGAGGCGCGAGCAUGGCGCGCCAGCGGGCUCGAGGUCCGUUCGACGCCCGCCGACGCGUUCGUGCCAGUGUGGAAAUCAACCAGUCGCGUCGAUGGCGUGGGACCUCGACGCCGCCGAGCAGACGCAGUUAUGGAGACAACAUCGCACGCAGGUACCGGGACAAAUACCGCUCGGACGACGUCGAGGCGCUGCGGCGCGACCUCGACGCGUCGUUGGACUGAGACCGGCCCUCCCCUGAUGACCGAUCCCUCGGGAGGAUAAUCACACAGACCUUAUGUCCGACGGGGGAGGGGGGAUAGACUCGAUA